AUGUCAUCUAAUGACGAAUGUAACGACACCACCAUAACAACACCUACAUUGACCUCUACUGCGACUGCAACCCCCAAUCGACCCUCUGCGGAUCGGACUCUAACUUCUGACAAUCGUUCCCGGACUCUGCAUAAGAAGAAGUCCUCCACAGAUCUCAGAGAUGAAUUCUAUCGGGCAGGCGGUCAUGAGCCUGUCAGGACGAAGAGUGAAAGUUUUGAAUCAGACAGGAAUAUUAUUAUAGAGACUAAUAAGAUUUCAUGA